AUGUCAUUAAACUAUGCAAGAGAAUUAUUAAAAAUAAGUAUAAGUCAAUUAUGUGAUGCUAUUGGAUUUGAUACAACAUCUGAAAUAGCUCUUGAUAUAUUAGUUGAUAUUUGUGAAAGACAAUUUCAAUAUUUAUCUAAACAAACAUCAAAUAUAAUUCAAUUAAAUAAUAAUUCAAAUGUUAAUUUAAUUGAUUUAUUAACAAUUAUUAUUGAUAAUAAUCAAAAUAAUUUUAAUAAUAUACAUAAAUAUAUGUUAUUAUUUAAAUCAUUACCAUUUUCACAAGAUAUUAUUCAAUUUCCAUUUAAAAAACGAAAUCAAUUUUAUUUAAGAAUUCCACCGAAAGAUUCACAAGAAAUUAUUCAACGUGAUCAAAAUCAAUCAACUGAUUAUAUUUAUGAUUGGUUACCACUUUUUCCUGAUCAAGAAACACCAGAACAUUCAACAACUCUCAAUAUUGAUACUCAUUUUGAUGCUACUAUUUAUCAUGAUCAACAAAAAAAAAUUGACAAAUCUGAGUCUCAUCAUCCUUUAACACUUUUAUCAUUCUUAAGUAAAAAUGGUGAUGAAACAACAACAACAACAAUGCCUAUUGGAAAACGACCUAAUCAAUCAUUACCAUCAGUUCUUUAUCGUCCACGACGUAUUAUUGAAAUGGAAGCUGCUGUUGCUGCUGCUGCUGCAGCUGCAGCUGAAAAAGCAAAAAAAGAACAACUUGAAAAGGAAAAUAAUGAAAAAGAUCAACAAGGUCCACCAAUUCGUGUAACUAUACCAAAAGCUUUAGUUGUUAAUGAUAAACCUUCAUUACCAACUAAAAAAUUUCCACCAUCACAAACAGUACCAUCACUAUCAACAAUAACAACAACAGCAACACCACCACCACCAUCAUUAUCACUACCACCGCCACUCCUACCACCACCACCACCACCACCAUCAUCAUCAACAACAAUUGAUGGAACAAUGACUAAAAAAGUGGGAAGUUCAUCUGUAUUAUAUCCACAUAGUCCAUCAAUUAAUGUUGGAAAAAAAUCAGUUGUUAGUCCACCAAUAAAUCAAUCAAAUGAAUUGCCAGAAACAUUAUUAAAUAUUGAUAAAAAUAAUGAUACUGUACUUGAUUUAUCAAUUAAACCACCAUUACCAACACCAACAGCAAAAGUUCCAACAUUAAUAUUAAAUAUUAAAAAUGUUCCUAAUCCUCAAAUAACAAAUAAUUCUGAAACACCACCAACUGCUACAAAGAAAUUUCAACGAUCAAUAAAAAGUACUAAGCCAUUGUCUAGCACACGUGAGAAAAUAAAUUUAAAAAUUCGAACACCAUCAUUACCAUUAUUUAAUACAAAUGAAACGAAUUCAAUGAUAAGUCCUCCUGUUAGUCUUCCAAAUGAAAAUCGAAUAAAUCAAAUUGAAAAUUCAAUUAAUAUUAAUAAAUUUUUAAUUGAUACAAAUAUUCAUUUAAAUCAAUCAUCAACAUUAACAUCAAUUUCAUCACAAAAUCAAUCAAAUGAAGAAGAAAAAAAAAAGAAAAAAAAGAAAAAACAUCAUCAUGAACAAGAUAAUAAACAAGAUAAAAAAAUUAAAAAAGAACAAGAAAAUCAAUUUAAUGAACAACAACAACAAAAUAUCAAAAUGGAUAUUGAUUCAAUUCCAUCAUCAACAAAUAUUCCAAUAACAAAUCAAUCAGGUGGAGGAACAAUUCGUUUAAAAAUAAAAUUAGGAAAACCAUCAAAUUCAACUAAUUCUCUUCAAACAACUAAAUCUGAUGAUCAAUUUAAUUCAAAUGAUAAUGAACAACGUUCUCAUACAGAAUUAAAAACAAGUCCAAUACGUUUAACAUUACCUGUAUCAUCAUCAUCAUCAUCAAUAAAUGCAACAAUAUCAUCACCACCUGUUUCAAAUCGUCAAGGAAUUAUUUCAAAUAUAAAUCGAACACCACAUAGAAGAAAAUCUGGAAAAGUAAAACGUGUUCCACCAAAAACUGAAAUAAAUAAUAUUAAUAAAAUAAAUUCAACAUCAAAUAUAAGUUUACAUGAAGAUAAUACUGUUUCAAUUGAUGAUCUUCCACUUGGAGAACGUACAUCACCUAAUAAAUCAAUAUUAAAUCAUAUUCAAACUAAUUUAUCACAACAAAUUACAUCAACACCUAUUAAAAAAAAACAAAAUACUAAUAAAAAAAAACAAAAUACUAAACGAGCAAAUAAUAUUGUUGGAGUUGCUGUUAUUGAAGAACGACGUAUUGAUCAUGAUUCUCAAGAAAAGAUCUGGAUAUGUCCAUCUUGUAAUAGACCAGAUAAUGGACAAGAAGCAAUGAUAGCAUGUGAUUUAUGUGAUGAUUGGUAUCAUUGGGAAUGUGUUGGUAUUGUUGAAGAACCUCCCGAAUCAAUUCCAUGGUUUUGUCCAAAAUGUCAUCGAUCAAAUUCUUCAACAGCAUCAGCACAAGGAAUAAAACCAUCAGCAUCAAGUAAAGCAAAACGAAAACGAGCUUCAGCUCUUUAUCAACAAAAACAACAACAACAUCCCCAACAACAAUUUACAUUAAUCUAG